AUCUUUGAAGCUUUCUUGGAAAUAAUGACGACGGUGAAGUUUUGAAGAAAAUUCUCUUAAUCACUACUGCAUUGAAAAAUGAAAUUAUACAGAACGUAAACAUUUACUCAUUAAUAAUUUGAAUAAAAACUUAGUAGAGUACGAUGUACGGAACUUAAGUUAAAAGAGAUCGGUGUAUGAAAAAUUGAAGAUGGUGGAAUCAACGAGAAGAACAAGAGCAUCAUUGGAGACAGGAGGACUACCGCUAGUGUCAACCUUUGCCCUGCUUACAAUAGUAGCUGGACAACUACAGGGUUCUGGGUAUAGCGAACAAGAGCCGGAGUUCCUCUCACCGCUUGAGAAUUUAACAGUCGCCCAAGGCAGAGAUGUUCAUUUCACGUGUACAGUCAACCAUCUAAGCAGUUAUAAGGUGGCCUGGAUAAAAUCUGAUACGAAGGCUAUCCUGGCGAUUCAUACACACAUGGUGACGUUGAACCCACGCUUGUCAGUUAGUCACAACGGCCACAACACGUGGAAGCUGUACAUCAGUAACGUGGAGCCUAAGGAUUCCGGCACAUAUAUGUGUCAGAUCAACACGGUUCCUAUGAUGAGUCAGAUGGGUCACUUGUCUGUAGUGAUACCGCCAGAUAUCGCGGAUGAUGAUGGUUCAGCGGCUAGUGCGCCAGAGGGCGGCAGUGUGGCGCUACGCUGUACUGCCACAGGAGUACCCGGUCCCACUGUCUCGUGGAAGAGGAAUGAAGGUCGUAAUAUCGUAUUCCGGGAUGAAGACGGUAAAGAAAACAAAGUGGUAUACAGCUACGUUGGGUCUACGCUGGUGCUAAAAGGUCUACGCCGAGAGGACAUGGGGACGUAUUUGUGCAUCGCCGCAAAUGGCAUCCCUCCUACUAAAAGUCGACGAUACGAAGUCACUGUUCUAUUUCCGCCUGUAAUCCGCGUGGCAAGUCCCGUGGUGCUACGGGCGACGGACAUGCAGGUCACAUUGCAAUGCUACGUAGAAGCCUCGCCCAGGGCGCUCACGACAUGGCAGCGAGGGAAAUCACAGUCUGGUGGAAAGUUACUGAAUAGCUCCAAGUACAUAAUAUCCGAGGAAGUCGUGAGCGAAUACGGAAUACGAAUGAACCUGACCAUUACGCGCCUUAAGAAGGUGGACUUCGGUGAAUAUACGUGUGCAGCCAUCAAUGGAUAUGGAAAAGCAGAAGGAACAAUUAAUUUAAAAGAAACACCACAGAAGACUACAACUACAACCACAACCACCACCACCACAACAACAACAACUACAACGACCACACCUCGUCCCACAACAACACGACCACCGAAGAAACAUCUUAAGAAACAACCAGAUCGUACCAACCACAACACUUUAGACGCUGACCUACGUCAAGCGGAGCUCAACAAUGCUCUCAACUUUUACAACAUAAAUACAUAUGGGGCUAACAAUUCACAUAAUGAAUACGCUCAGCGGACGGAGAGACAAAAAGUUCGACCCUCCGGACCACCGCGGCAUUUCGUUGUCUACAACAGAAGCCCUUUCUCUACACCUUCUCUAACAAUAUUCAUUACCUACUGCGCAGUUCACAUUGUUAUAUAAUUAAAUACAUCGCAUUGUAACAGUUUAGGUAGUGAUAUAAAAAUGGCUGUUGAAUUUUUUUUAGAUCAUAAGUGAUAUUUUGAGAUUGUUGUAAACAAUUUUUAAAUACGUUUUAAUGUUGAAAUGUUAUGUGCAUUUAUGAAGAAGUUACGAAGCUAUACUUCAGCUUUAGAAUAAUUUUAAAUUAAGACAAUAAAUAAAGGGACAAUAAUUUACUUGUAUUUCAUGAUUAAAAUAUAUCGUGAAUCAAAAUAUCAUGAUUGCCAUAUCAUUCUGGAUUUGAUAAGAAUUUACGAGUAUGAGAAUUUUAUAAUAUUAUUUAAUUUAA